AUGGCGCAAAUACUAGUUGGCAACCCGUGGAAUUUGGCUCGCGAAAGAAAUGCCCAUGGGCAUCUUUUUUACACCUGGACCUCGGUGCCGGCAGGAAGCGAUGAAGCUGCAAAGCUCGUCAAGCAGUACUGUGCGGACCCUCCGCAAGAGCUGCCACGAGCUGGAGUCUUGUCUGCCGCUCUUGCGGGGUUCGGCUUGCCCUCCGAGACCUCCCACGGCGUCAAGCUCUAACCCCCAGAAUUAGCAGAGACAACUUUUACGAAGAUCCUUAAGCGAUUAUCAGAUUAUGUAUAAUACAUACUAUGUAUGAAAAGUCUUUGAAGAAGCUUGGCGCCUGUAGCGGCUCCAUUAUCUCUAUAUAGAGAGAAGGCGUUAUGGAUACAGAGGAGAUGUGCAUCUGGAAAGAAGGCGGCUCCCCUUGUCGAGACUUGUCGACUACGUGGAUAUAUUUCAAAAGUAAUGGUAAUCUCUCUAAUGCAACUCCUUUCGGUGCUGAUGUUGCGGUGGGUCGUCGGGAGACUAUCUACCCGAAAAAUGUAGGAGAGAAGAGCCAGUUGAAGAUAUGGGUACGAAUAUAUGUGAUUACGAUCAACAAGACAUUGAGGAUUAUAAAUAUGUAACGAAAAUAAUUGAAGCACUGCUUUAAUCUGAUCGAACCAGAUGAGCAAGCUGCUCUAACUAUGAGAAUUAUUCUUAUUGCAUAAGACCUGUUCAUUCACUUGCAGCUACAUCGAAAGAACUGAAAAUAUAGAAAGAAGCAGCACGUUCGAAUAAUAGUGGAGUCGAUGUGCUGCUGGCGGGGAUGAUGUCGUCGUGAUGGAAGAAAUUAUACAAACUGAUGUCAGAAAAAACAGCAAUCACGAUAAAUGUAUCACAGACCAAAAAUAUUGAAAGUAAAAGUAUUACAACAUUAACAUUUUGAAUGGAUUUUUUUGUACAAAAGUAAGAAGUUGUUUGUAAAGAAUGAGAAAACAUUAAAAGAUUUUAUAAUAAUUUUUUUAAGUAUUUUUUAGAGAAGUGAGUGUUUUUUUUAACCCAACCUAACCAAGUCAGUCAGAAAAAGUAUCACAAAUGUUAUGUCCAUGUUUCUGGUGAUUUUGGCACACUGACUUAGACGGCAGGUCUGCUGUCGACAGGUUUGCAGAGGAUGAUCUCAUGUCUGUGCCGAAAACAUUUUUAGAGGUAGCUAGUGUUG